GCAUGGAGGAGCAGUUUAUACUCCGAGUUCCACCUUCUGUUGCUGAGCGAAUAGACUUCCUUUUGAGUGAGAAUGCCUCUUCUUCUGAAGACAAAUCAUUGGAUUUAUCUUUCUCGGUUGCAACUUCAGCAAAACAUGAUGAGAAGCGGUUGUUCCAUGAGGCCCUUUCAAAUAGUGAGCCAAAUGCCACGUGUUGUAGUAGAUGUGGUAUUAAGGACACCACCUAA